CUUGCAUUGAGCUUGCAAUCUUCCAGUGCUGGUGACACCAGCCAUCCGAGACUACGCCUGUCAUAUAAAGAGUUGUGGGAACUGAACAGAACCAGGGUGUUCCAUGGGUCCCAGGGAAUGGCGGACGUACAGACCAUGCUACUGGAUGAGUACCAGGAGCGGCUGUUCCUCGGAGGCAGAGACCUGCUCUGUUCACUCAGCCUGGACCGUAUUGAUCAGGAUUAUCGAGAGAUUCACUGGUCUGGGACGGAGAGUCAGACGGAGAGCUGUCGACUGAAGGGCAGAGAUCCAUUGUCUGAAUGUGCAAACUUUGUCCGUGUUCUUCAUUCAUACAAUCGCUCUCACCUGCUGGCCUGUGGAACUGGAGCCUUUGAUCCAACCUGCUCCUUCAUCAGAGUGGGUCGGUGGACAGAGGAUCAAGUGUUCAAGCUGGAAUCUCAACAGCUCGGGCAUGGCCGAAACAAAUGUCCUUAUGAUCCAAACAAGACCUGUGCCUCCACGUUGGUUGGUGGCCAGUUGUACAUCGGACUCUACACUGACUUUUUUGGAGAAGAUCCUGCAAUAUUUCGCAGCCUGAAUUCCCAUUCUGCAACCAGAACAGAGCACGAUGAGCGACUGCUGAAUGAACCCAAGUUCGUUGCAGCUCAUCUGAUUGCUGAUAAUGAUGACAGAGAUGAUGACAAAGUAUAUUUCUUCUUCACGGAGAAGGCGCUGGAGUCUGAGGGAGGAGACACUGCCAUCUACUCCCGUGUGGCGAGACUGUGUGUGAAUGACAUUGGAGGACAACGGGUUCUGGUCAAUAAAUGGAGCACAUUCAUGAAGACCAGACUGAUCUGCUCAGUGCUGGGGCCCAACGGGAUUGAGACACAUUUUGAUGAAAUGGAGGAUGUGUUUCUGUUGCAGACUAGAGAUCACAGAAACCCUGAUGUCUACAUCUUGUUCAGAACUACAAGCAAUGUAUUCCAGGGGUACGCAGUUUGUGUUUACCACAUGUCUGCAAUCCGUGAAGCAUUUAACGGACCCUACGCACACAAACCAGGGCCUGAGUAUCACUGGGCACCUUAUGAGGGCAAGGUGCCUUACCCAAGACCAGGCAGUUGUGCCAGCCAGAUAAAUGCACCACCUGGAAGUAAGUACAGCACGACAAAGGAUUACCCAGACGACGUCCUUCGUUUUGUACGUAGUCAUCCCAUGAUGUACCAACAUGUCCACCCUGUACACAACAGACCCGUGCUCCUGAGAACAGAUGGGCGACACAACCUGAAGCAAAUAGUUGUUGAUCGUGUUGAUGCUGAAGAUGGUCAAUAUGAUGUCCUGUUUAUUGGCACAGAUGCAGGGGUGGUGUUAAAGGUUAUUGUAAUUUACAACAAGGAAGCUGAAACGAUGGAGGAAGUGGUGUUAGAGGAACUGUAUGUAUUUAAGGUGCCAACUCCAAUUAUCAGUAUGGAGAUCUCUGUUAAACGGCAAAACCUAUACAUUGCAUCGAAGUCGGCUGUUGCUCAGGUGAGAAUUCACCAGUGUGACAUGUAUGGUUCUGCCUGCAUGGACUGCUGCCUCGCCAGAGACCCUUACUGUGCCUGGGAUGGAGAAUCCUGCACCAGGUAUUACCCAUCUGCAGUAACUUCUAAAAGGCGAUUCCGUAGGCAAGAUAUUCGACAUGGUGAUGUAACACAGCAGUGCUUUGACCUGCAGAAUGUGAAUGAGACACUGUCUAAACCAGAAGAGAGAUUUUUGUAUGGGAUUGAGGGAAACAGCACAUUGCUGGAGUGCAUUCCCCGAUCACCUCAAGCUAAAGUGCUGUGGUUUGUGGAAGGAUCAUCCAACACAGGACAGGAGGAGGUCAAAACAGAUGAUCGAGUGAUUAAAACCGACCUGGGGCUCUUGCUUCUCAACCUUCACAGAAGGGAUGCUGGAAUUUACUUCUGCAAGUCAAGGGAACAUGGCUUCAUACAGACAGUGACCAAAAUCAAACUGGACGUCUUGCAAGAGGAGCAAAUUGAUGGAAUAUUUCACAAGAGUGAUGAAGAGGAGCCACCCCGCAAAUUGCCCUGUGUGCUGCAGCCUGGGAGUCACCAAGGGAUGAGACCGUGGUAUAAAGAGUUUCUCGAGUUAAUCGGCUACAGUAACUUCCAACGGGUGGAGGAAUAUUGUCAGAAAAUAUGGUGCAGUGAAAAGAGGAGAAAGAAGAACAGAGGUGCAGGGAAUAAAUGGAAGUAUGGCAACGCGCCGGAGAGGAAGGUCAAAGCCAGGGCCCACUCAGAGCAUCGGCGAACACCACGACACGUUUUAGACACAUGA